UAUUUGAUAGGAGUUCGUUGAAAGUUAGAGUUUAAUGGCGACUUCAUAAUUCAUUUCAUUAUUUUCAUUUUUAUAUGGAGACAGUAGUGAUUCAGGUGAAUACUUGAACCCGUUAAAGUGCAGCAAAUGUCGUUGUGAGGAAGUGGUUUAGACUCAGGAUGCGUGUUAAUUGGAAGAUCCAGCUGCAGCUAUGAUUGUCAGAAUCAAUUCGAACCUUUUGCCGUUUUCGGCAAAGCUGGAAUUUCCUAAGGGCUUGGCUAAAGGGGAAGUGAUCACUCUCGUUGUCGGAGAGUGCGAAAAUGAUCUGGAGAAUGUUCCUAAGGCGGACUCCAUUCGAGUCGAUCCUGUGACGAAAGUGCUACAUAUUGGCCGUAAACCUCUUCGACAAAGUUUGCCGCAACUUCAGCAGCAAAACCAUUUAGAACGGAAUUCUCAUCAAAGUAAUGCAACGGAAUCGAAGAAGUUUUCUUGUAGUGAAUGUUCUCUUCAGUGUGAUUCGGCUAAGGAGAUCCUACUGCACAAAAACACAAACAGCUGCUCACGUAGCAACAUUCGCCGAGGCCGUGCCGAAGUCGGAGGGCAGCUAUACCAGCUACAUUUAAAUUCGAAGCAACCAAGUGAGAAUCAGGUCGAAAUGACCGUUUUCUGGAAUCGGCAUUCUGCAACCAUUGUUCAACAGGUCGGUGCGGCGAAUCAGCUAACUGUCAGUUGUUGGAAUACAGUCCCUGGAUCCUUCUAUGAGGGUUGUCUACAGCUAGCAAGCAGAAUCCUUUCUCGCCAUACAGCAGAGAGUGGAAAAACAACAGUAGUACGGUCUCACACGUCGCCAAAAGCAAGUCGCGUCAGAACGACCGUUCUCGAAAUUGAUGGAAACGAAGAUAUUUUGACUAACAGUGAUGUCUCCUUCAAAGCAAUUUAUAAAGAUUUUGAGCAGAUUGUUUUGAGUACUCAGCCACAACGACAGCAGGAGCCACGUCAGGAGAAGCCUCAACAGCCUGAAACAGUGCAAGCGAAGACUGCUAGCGAAGGCGAAGUUGCCGAUGAGCUUACCGAAAAAAAAGCUAUCACAACGAAGCUGGAAAUAGUGGAAUCUCCUCAACGGUCUGAAACACGGAGUGGUGUUAAGCGAAAAAGAAAAGAAGUGACCCAAAUUGAAGAAGCGAAAGCAUCGCAAGACGAUAAUACAGCUGAGGAGUCGCAAGACAAACUUCACUGUCCGGUUUGCCUGAAGAUUAAUCGACGAGUGCGCUUCACAAAUGCACAGGCUCUCGAGGUGCACAUGUCCAACAACCAUAGCGUUCAGGUUGUUGAGGCGCCUGAAUGCAUCAAGUGCUCAAAACGUUUUGUUUCGCCAGAAGCUUUAUUAAAUCAUGAAAAAAAGUGUAAUCCGAAAUUUCCCAAAAAGUGUCAGGUGUGUAAUAAGAGCUUUUCGAUGGGUUUACAUCGGGACCGACACAUGAGAGAAGUUCAUGGAAUUAUUAAAGAACACUCUUGUGGUGUAUGUGGUCAAAAGUACCAAUCCGAAAAACAUCGGGAUUGGCAUGUAGUAACAAAGCAUAGAGAUUCAUUGUCGCCACAGGAGCUGGAACGACUUGGCAUGGAGGAGAUCCAAUGCACGUUGUGUGAUUUCCGAUCAUAUAGUUCAAAAGGCAUGCAGGUACACAGGCAAAAAGAGCACAUUGAAAAUGAAAAACCGUUCCGCUGUCCUGCCUGCGGAGUUGGUAACGACACUUUAGCCGGUAUUCAAGCUCACAUCGGUGAACGGCACGGGCCGCAAGAUCGAUGGUGGAUAUGCCAAUUUUGCAACAGAACUUUCAGCCGUGAUAAUCGCGAAGCGAUCGACACGCAUGUGAAGCACCACAAUCGAGGAGAUGGCGUCGUAUGUGCGCACUGUAACAAAAUGUUCGAGAACGAGCCAUUCAUGUUGGACCAUGUUAACCGAAAUCAUGACAAAAAUCCGUUGUUGUACAUUUGUGACAUAUGCGACCAGGGCACUGAGAGCUACAAAGAGCUGUUGAAGCAUAUGCUUAAGCAUAACCCAUUUAAGACAUCGCUGUACCGUCUUCAACGGCAGCACAUAGAAAAACGUAAUAUGGAGGAAGGUCUGGUGCACCGUCGGGAGCGGAGAAUGCAGACCGAUGCGGUAUUCGCUUGCGAGAUUUGCGGCAGGCAGUUUGAUCUGGAAGCCACCCUCAUGUCACAUCGUAUCGUUUUUCAUAAUGAUCCUGGCAAAGAGUUCUACCGGUGCUCGAUGUGCAGUAAAGCCUUCAAACCACACCAUCUGCCGUACCAUUUGCGUUUGCACACUGAUGAAAGGCCCCAUAAGUGCCGUUACUGUGACGCAAGCUUUCACACAGUCGCUUCGUGCUCUGAUCAUGAAAUUGUUAAACACACGUUCGCUUAUAAACUUUUCUGUCCGCGCUGCAAUAAAGGUUUUGUUAGUCGGGCCAAAACAUGGCAGCACCUACUCCGCUUUCACAAAGAGGCGCCAGAGAAAGCAACCGAGCUUUUGGGACCUGUUCCUCAUAAAAUGGCUAACAUUCUGCAGAAAAGGCGUCAAACUGAGGAGCUCAAACAUCUGAUCCAAAAUGCUACAGCUGCCAUUGAAUACCCACAGGAAGCCACCGAUGGCUCACAAGGAUCCGUGACGACAAGUGCUGUCGCGACUAGCGGUACUGUUCGUUUGCGCUCGAACGUGUUUAGAGCCCGUGCGGGGGGCAUCGAUGAAGAAGAGCUUAUCGAAGCAACUGAAAUGGAAAUAACAGACGAAGCGCUCCAAGUUGGUGAUGCAACUACAGUGGACGUAAAAGGCCUUGACGAAGAAGUCGAAAUCACGAACAUGCCAGCUGAUGUUUGUUUGGCAUCCGAGCUGGAUCCCGGUGUGUACCCUCAACCUGAAUUAGGGCCCGACGUAUAUCGGGUCAUUAUGAGCGACGGAUCACACACAACUCUUCGACUGCAGCCGGGGCAACAGGUGUUGCUAGAAGACGAAAAUGGCCACCAACAAAUUAUACAACUGCAAACAGCUGAGGAAGCAAGAGGGGAGGUUGGUACUUAAGCGGUGUGUAUGCAUUGGGGUAUCUGAAAUAUAUAUAUCUAUAAGUCUAUUGUUGAUUGUAACAGUAUAAUUACAACUUUGAAAAACGCUUUGCUAACUAAUGGGUAUAAUGGGAUAUUUAAAUCAAUGUUAUUUAUUUUUGUGUAAUAGAAACUAUAGUGAAUGUGGGGAGGCGUUUUAUCAGUAUGCUAUGAGAUAUAAUUUUGUUACGGCUCACUUGAAAGUAGGGUACAGCUUAUCCCAAGUUUAUUGCUCGUAUUUAUAUGCUCGCACUUGUAUGGAAUAUUUAAUAAUAAACAAGAGCCGAACAACUGAAAAAUUGUGCACA